AUGGCCGCCCUAUUGGCCUCAUAUAGUUCUUCUUCUUCUUCUUCCCCUAAAUGGACAUACGAUGUCUUCCUCCAUUUCAGAGGUGAGGACACUCGCAAGAAUUUUGUAGACCAUUUAUAUACUGCUUUGGAUCAGAAAGGUAUAUUCGCAUUUAGGGAUGAGGAAUCUAACUGGGGACAAAGCAUCCCGGUAAUAACCUUGGAAGCAAUUGACGAAUCAAGAUGUGCAGUUGUCAUUUUUUCAAAAAAUUACGCCGGUUCGACAUGGUGCUUAGACAUGCUUAGCAAGAUUGUAGAAUGUAAGAAAGAGAAUAGACAGAUGAUACUCCCAGUCUUUUAUGAUGUGGAUUCAUCGGACGUACGCCAACAACGAGGGAGUUUCGCGUGCGCUUUCGAGAAGCUGGAAGAACGCUUUAGAGACGAUCCAGAGAAGGUGCGAAGGUGGAGAGCUGCACUUACUGAAGUAGCUAGUCUCGCCGGAUGGACUUUGCAAGAUGGAUCUGAACGUCAAGUUAUUCAACAUAUUGUAGAAAGUAUUGCCAGACAUAAUCAAACAACCACUAAUGUAUCCAAGGCUUUAGUUGGAAUGGAUUCUCGUUUGGAAAAAGUGCUUUCGUACUUGGACUUUGGAUUGCGUGAAGAUGUUCGUAGCAUAGGGAUAUGGGGGAUGGGAGGAAUAGGCAAGACAACUCUUGCACAAGUGGUGUUUGAUACUAUACGUGAUAAUUUUGAAGCUUGCAGCUUUCUUAACAAUGUUCGAGAGGUAACUGAAAAGCAAGGUCUAGUUCGUUUACAAGAAAAACUUCUUUUGGACUUGCUGCAAAGUAAUGUAAAUAUACGGAAUACUGAUAUGGGAAAAAACGUAAUAAGGCAUAGACUACGUGCUAAAAUGGUUCUUAUCAUUCUUGAUGACGUGGAUCAGUUAGAAGAAUUGGAAGCAUUGUGUGAUCGUAGUUGGUUUGGUUUGGGGAGUAGGAUCAUCAUAACAUCACGAGAUAAGCAUUUGCUAAGAACAUUUGGAGUGGAUAAAAUACAUGACGUUGAGGUAUUAACUGAUGAUGAAGCUCUUAAGCUCUUUAGCUGGAAAGCAUUCAAGAAUUACCAGGUUAAAGAAGAGUAUCUCGAACUAUCCAAGAAUGUUCUAAAAUAUGCCAAUGGCCUUCCAUUAGCUCUUGAGAUUUUGGGUUCGUUCCUUUGUAUGAAAAGUGUACAUGAAUGGACAACUGUAUUGGAUAAGCUGAUUAAAGAAAGAGAUCCUGACAGAAGAAUUGUUGCUGUGAUUAAAAUCAGUUUUGAUGGGUUAAUAGAAUCAGAAAAGAAAAUAUUUUUGGACAUUGCAUGCUUCUUUAAAGGAGAAGACAUAGAUCGUGUGACGACAAUACUGGAAAGUUGUGGUUACUAUCCAGACAUUGGUAUACAAGUUCUGAUUGAAAAAGCUCUAGUAACUGUCUCAAAAGGAAAAUUGUGGAUGCAUGAUUUGGUACAAGAAUUGGGUUGGGAUAUUGUUCGGCGAGAAUGCAGUGAGGAGCCUGGCAGACGUAGCCGGUUGUGGCUUUCAGAGGAUAUCAUUCCUGUACUUGUAAAUAAUGAGGUAACAGAUGCAGUUGAAGGCAUAGCCUUAGACUCACUUAAAUUAGAAGAGGUACGGUGCAACUCAGAGGCCUUCUCCAAGAUGCAUAAUCUUCGGUUUCUGCAAAUUCGUAAUGUGCAUAUGACUGAAGGCCCCAAAUUUCUUUCUAAUGCCUUGGUAGUUCUCGAAUGGAGUGAGUACCCUACAAAGUUUCUCCCACAAAGUUUUCAACCUGUGAAGCUUUGUGAACUAAACUUGUGCUAUAGCAGCAUUGAACAACUUUGGAAUGGAGAAAAGUGCUUGGAGAAGCUGAGAUUCAUCAAUAUUAGCUGGUCCCAGAACCUGACCAUGACCCCAGAUUUUACAGGUACUCCAAAUCUUGAGAGUUUAAUUCUUGAAGGUUGUACAAAAUUAGCGGUGGUCGACCACUCUAUUGCUGGGCUGAAAAGGCUUAAAGUCUUGAAUCUUAAAGGAUGCAGAAGUCUUGAAAGUCUUCCAAAUAAGAUUGAAACGAAAUGCCUUGAAAUUCUUAUUCUUUCUAGCUGCUCAAGAAUUAAGAAAAUUCCAGAAUUUGCUGAACCUAUGGAACAUUUGAUGGAGCUUUCUUUAAAUGAGACUGCUAUAGAAAAAUUACCUGCAUCAACUGAAAUUCUGAUUGGCCUUACUUUAUUAAAUCUACGAGAUUGCUAUUAUCUCGAGUGUCUUCCACACGACAUUAGCAAGUUGAGCUCCCUCAAAAGUCUCAACAUUUGUCGCUGCUCUAAACUUAAAGAACUGCCAGAAAGCUUGGGACAGCUUGAUUGUUUGGAGGAACUUGAUGUGAGCGGUACCUCCUUAAGCACACUACCAUCCUCCAUUUUCCUUAUGAAAAAUCUUAAAAUUUUAUCUCUUCGUGGAUGUAAAGGGCUGCCACUUGAGUCAGAAAAUAAUUCUUGCAACUAUCUAUCGAUGCCCAGAAAGCGGACACGUUUAGUGGGUCUGCAGUUUCCAAUUUCUACUUCUGGUUUGUCUUCUUUAACAGAACUGAACCUCAGUGACUGUAAUCUUCAGGAGGGAACAAUAACGGAAAAUCUUGCCUGCCUAUUCUCGUUAGUAUCUCUAAAUCUAAGUAAAAACAAUUUUCUGAAUCUUCCCAAAAGCAUUAGUCAGCUUUCUAAGCUUCAAAGCUUGAAUUUGGAAAGUUGUAAGCUUCUUCAGCAAAUGCCGGACCUUUCACCAAAAGUGAACUUCGGUGUUGGCUCAGAAGGGAGUAAUUCACUGGAAAGGCUGUCACCGUGUUUCAAUUUUAUUAAUUGCUCCGAAUUGGUUAAAAAUCAAGGCUGCAACAAUAUAGCAAUUGCACUGUUAAGGAGAUUCAUUCAGGGAAUCCCUUAUCCAGGACACAGGUUUGAAACUAUAAUUCCUGGCAGUGAAAUUUCUGAGUGGUUCAUUGAUCGAAGUGCGAGGUCUGGAGUAAGCAUGGACCUACCUGCGGACUGGUGUAAGAAUAAUUGGAGAGGAUAUGCUUUGUGUGCUGUUUUUGGUCUCGGUCGACGUAUCCCUGCAGGUAACCUGCUUGGUAAAUGGAAGUAUGAGCAAGAGACCAAUAGCACUGCACAUGGCCUUCGUUGUGAAGUGAACCCCAACAAUUUGGGUUCAGGCGGCUGGUGUCCUUUCUUCGGCUGCAGCCCAGAAUUAGGCCAAAUUGAGUCGGAUCACAUUUGGCUAUCCUUUGUAGGCUGUGAACAUUUUGGAACUGCAUGGCAAGACAGCUGUCGUCGGCUUGCGUUUUUAUUUAAAACUUUAGGCCCUAGCUUGGAGGUGAAGAAGUGUGGAGUCCGUUUGAUAUAUGAGCAAGAUAUUGGUUUAGGCCCUAAUCCCUGA